ACCAUGUAUACAGUUAGAUUGACAUAACCUUAGGAAGCUGAUAGCACCAAUUUGGAAUGCUCUUGAAUCAACUUGAACAACGACAUAUCUGCGGUUGGAGUCUUCACUUUGAACAAAAUUAAAAAAAAAAAGUUAUUUGGUCGACGAAACUGAGUGUAACGUGAUGCCUCACAUGGACACACUUAAAUCGCAGUACAGUCCGUCUCCAGCCACCAUGAAAGAUACGUUUGAGGAGGACGUAAAGAGGGAAGAAUCCGAUACCGAAGAGGAGGAAAAUGACCGUCGCCGACAACAAUCUAGUUCAAACUCACUUUCCUUCAGUAUCAACCACAUUUUGAGCACGCCGAUGACAACGUCAUCCACAAGUCUACCUCUUUCGCCAACUUUCAGCUCAAUUGUCUCGUCGGGAGCCUUGCUAUAUCCCCAACCAUUUCUACCGUCAUACAACUCUACCGCAGGGGUGAUCAGGGUACCGGCGCAUAGACCACCUCCCGCCUCAUUGAGUUCAACUUUCCCUUGGAUGGAGUCGCGAAGGCUCGCUAAGGACAGACUAACUGUUACCAGACGAAUUGGCCACCCCUACCAGAACCGGACACCACCGAAACGCAAGAAGCCGCGGACCUCGUUUUCUCGUUUGCAGAUUUGUGAAUUGGAGAAGCGUUUUCACCGACAGAAGUACCUCGCUUCCGCAGAAAGAGCUGCGCUUGCUAAGGCACUAAAAAUGACAGACGCCCAAGUUAAAACAUGGUUCCAGAACAGGAGGACAAAAUGGAGGAGGCAGACAGCCGAAGAGCGAGAGGCUGAACGACAAGCUGCAAAUAGGUUUAUGUUCACUAUACAACAUGAAGUUGCAAUGAAAAAUUUGAGUCUACAAGAAGGAAGGAGUGAUCCACUAGUACUACAGAAUGCGUCGCUGAACGCGUUGCAAAAUCUACAACCAUGGGCAGCCGAGGAGGCAAGGAACGCUACGGGCAAUUUUAUACCUUCGAACUCUUCGUCUUCUCUCACGUGUACGCCUUAGCAUCAUGUCAGUGCUGGCUGUUAUUUAAUAAGACACGUCAUAGUAGUAAGAGGUAGACAUCUCUCUGUGAUAUAGGGGCCGACGAGAAAAGGAAGAGCUCAGAGAUUCGGCCACAUGCGGUCUUUUUUUCCAAAGACAUCCUGGAGAACACACGAUGACGCUAUUUUAAGGGAGGAUGCACUCUUUUCUUUCUGCUUUCAUUUGCUUGCGAAAGAAUUGGAUUCGGACAAAAAGUAAGAAAGAUGUAAAUAGUUUUGUUAUAUUUGGUACUGAAUCUCCGAGUGCACCAUAUAGCCAGGCGCCAUCAUAGCAACCGACCAUGCAACUAGCUAGGUAGGCUGUAUCUAUGUUAUUAUUCUCGUCACCAUCUAACCUCAUGACACUACAUGUGACGAACUAGACCCCGUAUGGAACAACAUAACUUAUGAGAGACGGUGUACCGUCAGUGCUACUUACAAGGACUUUCCAACUCUAAGCAUAAUUAUAAGGAAACAAGACGAAUAUAUUAUUUUACGUUGUUCUUUCAAUUCGACUGAAAUCAGAGAAAGUGACUCUUUUUUGUAUUACAUUGAUAAAUAUAUAUAUGGAUGUGUGGUGUAUUUGCCGUGAAAUAAAACAUUCUUAAUAACGGAA